AUGACUGCUAAUGAUGCUAUGCAAUCAGACACCCUGAUCCAAGGUCAGUGUCAUGUCAAGAAUCGAUUCCUAACUGUAUUGUAUGAUUCGGGUGCAUCGCAUUCCUUUACCUCUUUAACUGUUGCUCGUGAGUUGGGACUAGAUUUCUCUGAGUUAACUUUUGAUUUGAUUGUCCAUAAACCUGCAUCCCGAAAUGUUUUGACUAGUUUAGUGUGCCUGCAAGUACCAUUCACUAUUAGGAACAGAACUUUUAUACAUGAUCUAAUCAGUUUGCCGCUAUGUGGUUUAGAAGUUAUUCUAGGAUUAGAUUGGUUGUCCAAGUAUUAUGUUUUCCUUGAUUGCUUUGAAAGAACUAUUGUUAUUCCAUCUGAUAGUUUAGAUAUUAAACCAUUUUUGUCAUAUACUUUAUAUCUGAACUCUGUAAAACUUACCUUAGACGGGAGUGAUUGUGAUGGGUACGUUCUGUUAGCGGCUAGCUUGAAUAACAGCGUAUUAAGCUUAGAGCGAAUUCGAGUGGUGAAGAAAUUUCCUGAUGUUUUUCUGGACGACAUACCUGAAUUUCCUCCUCAGUGA